UAUGUAUUUUUAGUGUAGGUAAAAUUUUAAAAAAUUAAUUCUGUUUUUAUAAAAAAAAUUCGUAGUAAAAAUGUAUCAUACCAUUUAAAUUAAUGCAUUCAAAAUUAUGUUUAUGUAAAAUUUAAUUAACCAAAAUGCCAUGUGAUGGAAGAAACGACAAUUGCAGACGCCGCAGGGAAUUAUUAACCCAAUUAAAAUGUAUUGUAGAUUCUAUGGAUAGAAAAAAACCAUGCGAAUGGGAUAAGCCAUCAGCUCCACCACCAAUAAAUAUUUGUAAAGAUGUACCACCUCAACAAAAUUCAUUUGAAUGCUAUAUCCCCAUCAAAGAUACUAAAAGUGUGUUUUUACGAGGUAGUGUGAUGCACAGAUGUGAAUGUAUCAAAAGAAAUGGUUUACAGGAUCGAUGUAUGAUGUGGGAUUGCAUGGGUAAACCUGAAUGUAUGACAAAAUUAUAUCCAAUAUGCGAGCCGGGUCAAAAAGCUCUUUCUAAAUUUAUGGAGCAUGGAGAUGUCAAUGCUGCACUAGAAAAAUUAAUCGCAGCAGACAAAGCUCGUGAAUUAGCUUUGGCAAAUUACUGUAAGCUUGUUGGUCCUGAAGUGAAUAAUGAUGGCAUUGAACGUUUACCACCAGCAUUCAUUUCUCCCCCAUCAACAUUUUCAACAUCACCAUCUCCUAAAGACCCUAGAACUCAGCUAAAACAUCAAAGAAUGUACAACAACCAGCAACCUCAAAGACUUCAACAACCUUAUCCACCAAUGCAAGGGGCUCAACUAUUACGUCAAGAGCCAAUUUACCAACAGCCUAUGAGUUAUUCACAUACACAGGAGCAACAACAUCAGCAUCAGCAUCACCAUCAUUUUCAUCCACAAUAUUUUGAAUAUCCUACAUCUUUUACGAAUAACCAACCAGCUUAUCCACCACAUCAAGAGCAUUCGAUGAAUCAACGGUAUCAAUUUCAAAUGCCUGCUCAAUUUGUGCAGCAACCUCCUUCUCCUCCUCCUCCUAAUCCUCCUUACAUACAAAAUAAUUUUCUUCCAUGUUAAAUGUUUACAUAAUGAACUAGAGCCAAUCGGA